AUGUCCCUCCCCGACAGAACCUCCUUCACCCCCCGCGACACCAUCCAUCACAUCUGGACCGGCCUCAAUCUCCCCCCAGCCACCCUCGAGUCCCUUGCCAUAACUGACACCACCGAACCUGGUCUCCCCUCUUCCUACAAAGUCGGCCAUCUCGCCCAAGCCUCCAUUGCGCUGUCCGCGUUGCUUGCAUCUCAGAUUUACAGUCUCCGGACUAACAACCCUCCCCCAACGGUCUCCGUGCCUUACGAACACGCCUGCAUCGAAUUCAAAUGCGAACGACUCUACACCCUCAACGGAGCUGCUGCUCCAUCCGCUUGGGGCCCCAUCGGAGGACUCCACGCGACAUCAGACGGCUACGUCCGCGUCCACGACUCCUUCCUCAAUCACCGCGAAGGGACCAAAUCUCUCCUUGGCUGCAUCCCCUCGGCCACCCGCGAUGACAUCGCCUCGAAGAUCUCCGCCUGGCGAUCCGUCGACCUCGAGUGCACCGCCGUGGACGCCAACCUCGCCAUCGCCGCUCUUCGCACCUACUCCCAAUGGGACGUUCUUCCCCACGCCAAAGCCAUCGCCGACUUUCCCAUCCUCCUCCGCCGCAUCGGCGACGCCCCUCGUCGUCUCCCGGGCCCACAGAAUGCAGACAAAUGCUUACGAGGACUGCGCGUCCUGGAACUGUCGCGGGUAAUUGCGGCCCCGUUAUGCGGGAAGACGCUGGCCGCUCAUGGCGCGGACGUGCUCUGGGUGACGAGUCCGCAUCUACCGGAUUUGCCGGACCUGGAUCGGGAGUUCGGGUGCGGAAAGCGGACGAUCCAGCUGGAUUUGAAUAAUAGAUUAGAUCACACAGCGCUCCGUGAACUUCUGGAGGGUGCAGACGUCUUUAUCCAGGGAUACCGACCAGGAAGUAUGGCGGCGAGAGGCUUGUCGCCAGAGGCAAUUGCGAAACAACGUCAGGAUCGCGGGAUCAUCUGUGCAAACAUGUCCGCCUACGGCCCUGACGGUCCGUGGUCUCAGCGACGGGGCUUCGACUCCCUGGUCCAGACAUGCUCUGGGCUGAAUGUUUCCGAGGCAGAGCACUUCGGCGCCGGGGAAGCGGCUCGCCCGCUACCAUGUCAGGCGUUGGACCACGCAGGUGGCUAUUUCCUCGCGGCGGGGAUCAUGGCGGCGCUAUAUAGGCAGGCAACGGACGGAGGGUCCUGGCAGGUGGAUGUCUCGUUGGCAGGGGUGAUGAAGUACCUCCGAUCAUUGGGCCAGUAUGAAGGGAAGAGCGGCUUCCACGACGCCCCGGACUAUACCCGCACGCAGGAUGUCCCCAUUGAGUAUCUCGAGGCGCGAAUGACCGGGUUCGGGGAAAUGACUUCUAUCCGACACGCUGCGUCUAUAGAGGGUGUUGAGAUCGGAUGUGAGAUAAUGCCCAAACCGUUGGGGUCCGACGAGAAGCGCUGGCUUUGA